CUUGCUUUCAAAGUUGCGGGUUAUGACACGGGUGUUAUGGCGAAGAUGUAACCUCAGUGCGCAGUUAUUCAGAGCUAGAAACGCGCUGUCCGAAUAGUUUCGAGAAACAGAUGUCAGCUUUCACGUAAAGGGCUCACCUUACACAUAAUCUUUUUCGCAGAAACGCGGUGCCGGGAAAUUUAAUGGAAGCGCUUAUAUUCACCCCGCACACUGUCAUCGAGGUGAACAGCACGGGAAAAGAAACCAACAUCAGCUUGGAGGGCCAAACGCCUGUGAUACGACGCACUAGCGUCCCGAACUACGUGGGCAUGACCGUCAUCAGCGUGCUGCUGGGCGCAGUCCUGGCCAUCCUCGGUGAGAGCAGCCGCGGAUUCAUCGAGCUAUUCGUGGCCGUCAACGACGUCAUGCUUAACCUCGGACAGAUCAUCAUGUGGUACUUCCCCAUCGGCAUCUGCUUCCUGCUGACGUCUCAGACGCUGCGCUCCCACGAGUUCGUGUCCGAGACGCGCCAACUCGAGACCUACUUUCUCAGCCUCGUCCUGGCGUUUGCCAUUCACGGCAUGCUGACACUUCCGGCGCUGCUGGUUCUGUUCAGCCGCACGCACUACCGGAGCCUCUUCUCAAACAUCGGGCUCACUCUGGUCACUGCCUUCGGGACGAGUUCCAGCAAUAUGACGCUGACCAGUACGGUGUCAUCUCUGGAAGGCAAAGUGGGCCUCCACCCGACGGUCGUGCGACUCGUUGCACCGUUGGGGGCCACGUUCAACAAGGACGGUACGGCCAUUUACAUGGCCAUCAAUACCGUAUUCCUCGCACAGCGAAGCGGAUACCAUAUCACGUUCUUCGACGUUCUCGCCACAAGCGCCGUGACCCUGGUCAUGAGCAGCGCCACGGCAGCCAUUCCUGGCCAGAACGAGACGUGCAUCAUUCUCACGACUCGACUCCUGGGUCUUUCUUCGCGAAGCGUCGGCGUUCUCGUACUCAGCGACUGGAUCACAGACCGACUGGCGACUGUGGUGAACGUGUUGGGAGACGCGGUAUGCUGCUGCAUCAUAGACGAACGAUGCAAGAACGUUCUCUCUGGGACCAGCGAAAAGAUAGCACAGUCCCCACCAAGAUGUCUCGACACGAGAGGGCCGGCAGUUCGCCCUGACUGAAGGGCCGUAUACUAUGCCCGCAGGUGGCCCCUGUAAUCGACUCGAAUGCGAACUAAGAAAAUAUGAAAAGAAACAUGCUUAAUGGAUUUUUCGUUUUAUGUUUACAUUAAAGAUAAAUUCAA